AUGAACGCGGAGACUUUAGAGGCGCUGAAAACGUUCAUCGAACUGUUCUCCUCGAUUCUCGCAAUCCUCUUCAAUUCGCUUCUCAUCUACCUGAUCGCCACCAAGUCUCCGAGUAAAAUGGGCACUUAUCGCCAUCUCAUGACCUAUUUCUGCUGCUGCUCCAUCGUUUUCGCCGUCCUCCAGAUUGCCGUCGAGCCAGUAAGUGUUUUUGAGGCUCUCGAAGCAUUGGGUCCAAAUUUCAGAUGAUCUACAGCAGGGGAAGUGCGUUUUUCAUUAUUAUGAAUCUACGAACACGACGUUUGCCCAUGUGGCUAGCCGUGGUUUUGCUUUGUAAACAAAUUGGGUGGCUAAAGCAGAAAACAUUGAUUUCAGAUGCGUUAUGUGCUUGUUGUGGCGUGACCAUUUACGGAAUUGCCGUUCAUUUCGUCUAUCGAUACUUUGCACUUGAAAGGUUUGUUGGAAAACAUAAUUGCAGACUGGGAAACAGAAGAUCAGAAGUGAGUUUAGUGCUACAGUAAUAAAUCUUUCCUCAAACAUUUUGGAACUUUUGUAUGUUUACCAGUCUCGGUUUGCAGACAAGGCCGAUUACGGUACUUCAAAGGCGCCUACCUCGUUCUCUGGCUCUUUCUUCCUCUCGUCGGUGCUCUCAACUGGGCGUUCAUCUGCAAUUACUUCUUCUCGAUGAACCCUUCCGCAUCGGAAUACUUGAAGUUUCAACUCAACCUUUACCCUCCCUUUUCUAUUCUUUUCUUACAGUCCAAUAACCCGUGACGUCUUCCAUCUGUCCAUCGAUCAAGUCGCCUACUCGGCCGCCGUUUUCUGGAUCCAAAACACGCGAGGAGAGACGGAAUUCAAUUGGAAAUCAGGAUUCGGGCUCAUAGAUCUGCUCGUGACCAUGUGGAUCCCGUUCGUUGUGCUCAUAAUCGCCGGAGCCAAGAGUUGGACGAAGAUCCGGGGACUUUUGAAGCAGGGAGAGUCGCAGUACUCGAGGAAUUUGCAGAUGCAGCUCUACAAGGCACUUGUGGCUCAGGUCGGGUCAGGUUUCCGAUCAUCGAGACGGAUAAUAAUUGCAGACGCUGAUCCCGGUGCUCCUUAUUUUCAUUCCCUUCGCAAUGCUCUUCCUCUGCCCGUUGUUUCUCGUCGAUUGCGAGUUUCUCUCGGCUCCAAUCACAUUCAUCUACGCCAUUUACCCCGCAUUGGACCCGUUGCCCACUCUCUUUUUCGUCGACAACUAUCGAAAUGCUAUCGGAAGUAAUGAGGAGAAGGCGAACUAAAAGUCAGCAUUAAAAACGGUGUAUUUUCAGAGUUGUGCUGCAAAUCUCGGCGUGUUCACGAUUCGGGAAGUGGAGUGGAAGAAGGAAGAGAUUCGAGGAAUAGUCGUACUUUCUAA